UUGGUUAAGAAGGUCAAGUAAGAUAGGAAGGGGAAACGGAUCUCUCUAUACGUAACUGAUUAUUCUUGUCAGACACUUUCAUAUGUGUUUAAUUUUCGAUGCAGAAAAAAAGAAAAUUGUGACUUGAGAAUUUGAAUAUUUCUUCUGUUUACAUUGCAUUUUUCCCCUCUUUAAUUGUGGAAAUUAAAUUUACAUUAAUAUGGCCAAAGUAAAGAAAUGUCAGUCUGGUGGUCCUGGAUAUAGAUCUCCUAAAGCAGCAAUCAAGGAGGGACCAAGAGAAAAAUUAAUGUACACUGUUUGUAUACAUACAAAUUCAGCUAAAGCUGAUGUACUCUGUACAAUUGACAUUGAUCCAGAGAGUUCAACAUAUUGUCAAAUAUUACAUAAGCUGAGAAUGAAAUAUGUUGAGGAUGAAUUACAUCAUUCUGGAUGGAACAUUUGCAGCAGUUGUCAUAAUGUUCCUAAGAAAAGGGACACUUUGAUUCUUCCAUGUUUCAAUUCAGAUCGCAUUUAUUUUGUGGAUGUUUCAAAUGAAAAGGAACCCAAAAUAAAAAAAAUUAUUGAACCAGAAGAAUUGCAUAAGCUGGGAGCAGCAACUCCUCACACAUCACACUGUUCUCCAACUGGAGAAAUAAUGAUUUCAAUAAUUGGUACACCAGAUGGUGAUGCUCAGGGAGAUUUUAUUUCUAUUGAUAGUAACAAUCUUGAGAUCAAAGGAAUGUGGACAAAAGGAGAUAAGAAGGCUAACUUUGGUUAUGACUUUUGGUACCAACCUUAUCACGAUGUUCUUGUAGCUUCUGAAUGGGCAGUUCCAAGUACCAUUAAAAGAGGAUACAAGAUUACUGAUGGAAGUGAUCCCACACUUUAUGGACAAAGUUUAAACAUUUAUUCAUGGAAGGAUCAGAAACUUCUUCAGGUAUUAGAUCUUGGUAAAGAUGGAGUUGCUCCCCUUGAAACGAGAUUCCUUCAUGAACCAACUUCCUGCGAAGGAUAUGUUGGAUGUGCAGUAAGCUCGAGUGUCUUUAGAUUUUUUAAAAAUGAUUCUGGAACUUGGUCUGCAGAAAAAGUUAUUCAAAUACCACAAAAGAAUGUAGAAGGUUGGAUAGAUACAAAAGUUCCAGGCAUGAUAACGGAAAUUCUGAUCAGUCUUGACGACAAGUUUCUGUAUUUAUCAAAUUGGCUACAUGGAGAUGUCAGACAGUAUGAUAUAACAGAUAGAAGAAAUCCUAAACUCUCAGGACAAGUUUUCCUAGGAGGAGUUAUUCUGUCAGAUUCAAAUGUCCGUGUUCUUGAGGAUAAAGAGUUAAAAAAGCAGCCUGAUCCUGUUUACAUUAAGGGACGUCGUGUAUAUGGUUCACCGCAAAUGUUACAAUUGAGCUUAGAUGGUCGACGACUCUACGUUACAUCUUCACUUUACAAACCAUGGGAUAAGCAAUUUUAUCCUGAACAUGUCAAGCAUGGUUCAACGAUGUUGAAAAUAGAUGUGGACAUAGAUAAUGGAGGCAUGACACUUGAUAAAAACUUUUUGGUCGAUUUUGGAGCAGAUAAAGACGACAUUUUACUGGCUCAUGAAUCUAGGUAUCCUGGUGGAGAUUGUACAUCUGAUAUUUGGCUUGUGGAAUCAUAGAAAGUAAUCAUCAUUUAUCAUAAAAUAAAACUAACUGCAUUAUUUUGUUUUCUUUUUUAUAAUUUCACUUUUCACUGCGUUUCAUUUCAAAUCUUAAGAACAAUCAAAUAAAAAACAGAAUUUUGGAAACUAUAAAUUUUGUAUCUAAAUGUUAAGUAUAAGCAUCACAGUGGAGCAAAUAGUACUUUUCAGGGACAAAAAUCUAGCGCUCUUACAAUUUUCAACGGAUUUUGCUAGUUUAUUUUUAAUGUAAUCUUGAGUUUUCGGAGAAUAAAAUAACUUAUUUGAUAGAUAUUUAGUGAAAUUUUUUUAGAAGGUUGGAUUCGAAUGUAAGAUGUAAAAGGAUCUGAUGUAGUCAAUAAUUUAUUGAAACAUCUUCGUUAGUUGCAGAUCUGGAACAUUUUCUAGAAUGAUGUAAUCUAUAGUUUUUAUAAUCUUUAUUUCUGGCUUCUUGUACUUCUUCAGAUAGUUGUCCAAGAGGCAAAAUAGCAUUGUAUUUGAUUAUGCUUUCUCCAUAAAUUAGAACUUUGUGAACUGAAGAGGGCAUGUAGUACCAAUUAUAAUUACUUACAAAAAUUUGAGCUGUAUCGCGUGUAUAUUCACCAAACUUUCUUGCAUCAAUUCUUCUCCCACAAGACAUAGUUUGAAGUAGAAUAUAAAACCGUUUAAUUAAGUCUUCAUUUACACCGGUUAUUUCGGAGGCACAUGUAAAGUUGGAAUAGAAUCUUCUUCCAAUAUUUCCGUCUUUGCUAUUACCACUACCUUGACGAGGUUUGUCUAUUAUUAAACCAAAAUCUUCCCGGAAAUGAGUUUAUAUAUUUUUUCUCAACUUCCUUUUCUUUUUUAUUUUUUGCGGUAGUCACUAACCAUUUUUGAAACGAGGAGUUAUACGAUAUAUGAAAAAUCAACUCCAUAAAUCUGAUCCAUGCGUGUAAAGCAGAGAGUCCAAAUCUGAAUGUUUCCUCUCUUUCUGACAUAUUAAUUACAUACGUUCAAGAUUAUUCAUUUCGAAUGGCUCUAGCUAAACACACAUUGCAGGUGGCACAAGACACCUGCAAGUGUGUUUGUUAAAACUUUAACUACUUUACCAUCUUUUAUAGUAAAGUAUAAAUUGUGCUUUACUAAAAGAUUAUUUUCAUUUAUAAUUAUCGAUGAAGGUGCAGAGCAGCAAUUUGAAAUUCAAUGUCACUUACAGUGGUUCUUGUUUUCUCAGGAAUUUCUUUUGCAAACUCUAUGAAAAUGGGUCGACAAAAAAUGUUGAUGAAGGUGAUCAAUUUUGCCAAAUAAUAUUGCUAUUCUCCUAAUUGACCAGUUUAAGAGGCACAAGCAAAGAGAUCAAUAAAUUAGAAUCGGAAAUGAGUUCACUUUCGCCUGAUAGUAUGUGCUUAUAUUCGCUUUGUCCUGAACAACCAUUAAAGCCCCAUUUGCUAUAUAAAACCAAAUUCUGUUCACUCUUUGAAAUUAAUGAAAUUAAUUUUUAAUAUCCUACUAACAAUGUGGUUUGAAAAGAGAUUGCAACUCUAUCUGUCAGUUACUUCUGUGUUUUCAGGGUAACAUUCGUCUUUAGCGUUUACCAUUUGCGCUUAUAUGUCGGAAACAGACUUAUACUUCUUUCAUGAUAUAAUAACAAAGAUACUCAUAUUUUUAUUUUGAUAAAUUUAAAUGAAGCAAUAUUUGUUUAAGCUUCAUCGUUGGAAUAAGAAUCUAUACUAAUAUUUUCUUCUUUUAAAUGCAUAUAAACAUCAUUUAAGGUUUCAGAUAAUAUGAAGCGUAAUUUUUCAAUUACAGCAGCUUUUGUUUUAUUUUGUCAAUGGAUCACAAACCUUCUACGUAAGAGUAAUGAAUUUGAUCCAUUCCAGAUUCUGUAAAUAAUUUUAUAGCAUUUAUACGAUUGCUUUUAUUUGAAGAAAUUUCAUAUUCCUUGCAUAGUCUUCCCCGUGUUAUUUCCGAAGAUGUUACAGGCUCUUCUGCAUCUAAUUGGAUAGAGAUAUCUCUUUUCAGACACAUUUCAUUAUUUAUUUGUUUAUACACCUGUCUUCAGCCUUACAUACUUGGCUAUACAAGUGUCUCUUUACAAAUUUCGCUAUUACAAUAUUUCUAUAAUUAUUUCCUUAUACUAAAUUUUGCGCCUACAGAGAGACUUGAAAAUUAGGAGUACUCGCAUUUGCCUGGACCACCCGUCUAAUGGGUUUUCUCGCCAGUGGAGAGGAA